UUUUGGGAGCGUCGUGCACUGAGAAUAUCUGAUGGCAUCGAACAUAUGGGCAAUAUUCGUUGGGAAUUAGCCGGCACGUUGUUACUGGUAUGGAUUUUGUGUUACUUCUGCAUUUGGAAGGGAGUCAAAUGGACGGGCAAAGUUGUUUACUUUACAGCACUUUUUCCAUAUGUCUUGCUUACUAUACUUCUUAUUCGAGGCAUAACACUGCCUGGAGCUUUCGAAGGCAUAAAAUUCUACGUCAUACCACACUUUUCAAAGCUAACCGAAUCAGAAGUAUGGAUCGAUGCAGUGACUCAAAUUUUCUUUUCUUAUGGACUAGGUCUUGGAACAUUAGUUGCACUGGGAAGUUAUAAUAAGUUUACAAACAACGUCUACAAGGACGCUUUGAUUGUUUGUACAGUCAACUCGAGCACAAGCAUGUUUGCAGGAUUUGUGAUAUUCUCAGUUGUGGGUUUCAUGGCGCACGAACAACAGAGGCCGGUAGCGGAAGUAGCUGCAUCUGGACCAGGACUAGCAUUUUUAGUGUAUCCUUCUGCCGUACUACAGCUGCCUGGAUCACCAUUAUGGUCCUGUUUAUUUUUCUUUAUGCUACUUCUCAUUGGACUCGAUUCGCAGUUCUGUACCAUGGAAGGUUUCAUUACUGCCAUUAUUGACGAAUGGCCACAAUUGUUACGCAAGCGUAAAGAAAUAUUUAUUGCCGUGGUCUGUUUACUCAGUUAUCUAGUGGGACUUACUUGUAUAUCCCAGGGAGGUAUGUACAUAUUCCAAAUAUUAGACUCGUAUGCAGUAAGUGGAUUCUGUUUACUAUGGCUCAUAUUUUUCGAAUGUAUAUCCAUAUCGUGGUGUUACGGAGUUGAUCGUUUUUACGAUGGUAUCAAAGAUAUGAUCGGUUACUAUCCCAUCGUGUGGUGGAAGUUUUGUUGGUGUGUUACAACUCCUCUUAUCUGUUUGGGAGUGUUCUUUUUUAACAUCAUACAAUGGAAACCAAUUAAAUAUUUGGAUUACAAUUAUCCAUGGUGGGCACACGCGUUCGGUUGGUUCACGGCGUUGUCGUCAAUGCUUUACAUACCAGCCUACAUGUUUUGGUUGUGGAAGCGAACACCUGGCGAUGCAGGCGAGAAAAUCCGUGCGAUUGUGCGAAUAGACGAAGAUGUUACACACCUCAGAGAAAAAAUGCAGCAGGAAGCAGCUAAAAAAGUUGAGCUCUAUACACUGUAGAAAAAAUUAAUCAGAAUAGAAAAUUAUACUUCAUACACUAGCAUUAUCAUAAACUAAAGUAAUAAUUUCACUCAUUCAUGCACAAACCCUCUAUGUAAUUAUUGUAACUACAUACAUACAUAUCUGCUUC